AUGUCUACAGUCCGCUGUGCUAGCCUUCAAUGUGGGAAAAUCACGGAUUCCUCUCUUAAGUGUCCUAUUUGCUUGAAGCAAGGCAUCGAGUCAGUGUUUUGUAACGAAUCUUGCUACAAGGACGGUUACAAGCAGCAUAAGGCAAUCCAUUAUGCAAAAGAGGGUGACUCUUCGGCGUAUGACCCAUUUCCUAAAUUUAAGUAUGCUGGUGACUUGAGGGCACAGUAUCCCCUUUCACCUAAGAGGGUAGUUCCGGAAGAUAUUGUAAGACCGGAUUGGGCCGAAAAUGGUUUACCAAUUACGGAACAAAAGAAUUACAGAACUAGCAAGAUCUCUGUUUACAAUAAGGAACAGAUCAAAAGAAUUAGAAAAGCUUGUACCUUAGGAAGAGAGGUAUUAGAUGCAGGUGCAGCGCAUAUUAAACCGGGCAUCACUACCGAUGAACUUGACGAAAUCAUACAUAACGAAAUCAUCAAGAGAGGAGCUUAUCCAUCGCCUCUAAACUACUAUAAUUUCCCCAAGUCUGUGUGUACUUCAGUCAAUGAGGUUAUUUGCCAUGGUGUCCCAGAUAAGUACGUUCUUAAGGAAGGUGACAUUGUCAACUUGGACGUGUCACUAUACUAUCAGGGCAUGCAUGCAGAUCUUAACGAGACAUAUUACGUAGGCGAAAAUAUCCGUAAAGAAGUGGUGAAUACCGUGGAGACAGCUCGUGAAUGUUUGAAACUGGCCAUCAAGCUGUGCAAACCAGGUACAACUUUCCAAUCUCUAGGUGACGCUAUCGAAAAGCAUGCCACCAAUAACAAAUGUUCCGUAGUGAAAACUUACUGUGGUCAUGGUGUCGGCGAGUACUUCCAUUGUCCUCCAGACAUUCCUCAUUAUGCGAACAACAGAACCCCAGGUGUUAUGAAGCCAGGUAUGGUGUUUACCAUCGAACCCAUGAUCAACGAGGGUGUAUUCCAAGAUGUCACAUGGCCAGAUGAUUGGACUUCAUCUACUAAAGAUGGUAAGGUUAGUGCACAAUUCGAACAUACCCUUCUUGUCACGGAGAAUGGUGUGGACAUUUUGACUGCCAGAUACAAAAAGUCUCCAGGUGGUCCAAGAAAUAGAAUAAAAUAA